UCUUUGCCAACUUCCAACAGCCUCACUCACGCAUAGCUACGUCGCAACUACGCAAUUACGCAGUUCUUCCCUCCUCUUCCUCCUCCGCCACCUGAGGAGCUGAAACCAUUCAUUCCAAUCCUCCAUAGGACAAGCGUCCGAGUCCUACCUACAUCCUCACCAUGGCGCCCAUUCCACAAUCCCCAGACGCCUCAGCGCCCUUGAUCUCCCUCCGCGCCCUCACAACCACCCUCACCUCCCUACUCCCACACUCCGCCCUCCAAGCCCGCCAAGUCGGCGUCAGUGUCAGCAACAGCGGCAAUGGCAUCAUCCCCUCCUCCUACCAUGACAUGAACAGCGGUCCCGCACCAGGCGUCGUCAUUGGCGCAACCCUCGGCUCCGUCGCUGGCUUCCUCCUCCUCUGCUGGCUCUUCAUGUCACUCGCCGGCUUCUCCGGCGGCGCCAUCGUCGGCGGCGAAGAAGAGAUUAUCGUACGCAAACAGCCCUCGCAUGCCACUCCACGCAGUCGCCGUAGUCGCCGCUCGCGCUCGACUCGUGAGGUGCGCUCGGUUCGCGAGGUCAGUGUGGGCCGCAGUCCGCGCCGUAGCGAGCGCAUUAUUAUAGACGAUACUAGGAGGGGAGUGCCGCUGGGUCGCCCGCGGAGUAGGAGUAUUCUAGUGGAGGAGCGCGUCGAGCAUCGUGUGCCCGGCGAUGAUAUGGUUGAGGUUAUCGAGGAGGUCAGCGAUAUAACGGCGAGCAGUGCGCCGCCGCCGCCGCGUCGGAAGAGCAGCAGUCGACGGGAUGGUGGAAGUGGCGGGUACAGAUACUAAGUGUCCUCGGAACCCGAUAUCCUUUCAAUCUCGAUAUCGCAUUUACUUACUUGUCUGUCACCACCAGCACCACAACAACAACACGCGCAUAUAUAAUACACUAUUACCUCAACGCGGCGUUUAACCAGGCGUUUGAAGAGAUAUCAUAAUCAUCUUGAAAGGGAAAGAUUGGGAGUGAUGUCGUGGACAGACUUUUACCUACUCAGGUCUAUCUAUAC